CAAAAUUUAGCAGCACGUUUUAUUAUUUUUUAAAAGAAAGCUUCAAUAAUGACACUUUUUUCCUGUUUCGCAUUAAACUUGGCAAGAAGCUUUGAACUUUUUCCAGCUUCUUGUUUAUCAUAAAUUCGUUUGGUUUUCAACACUCUGACUUCAAUGUGCGUAGAAUUUUAAAGUGAACGGAGUGAAAUGAAAACCUUAGUUUUUAUUGUUUGGUUUAUUUUUGUGACAGGCUGCGUGUGCUUAGGGAGAGACACAGAAAAUUAUAAUCUCAUUCGUAAAGUUGCUCGAAAAGCUAAAAGAUGCUACCCGAUUUCCAAUUUUUCAACAAGUUCUAUAAAAUACACGACCAAUGGACUGAGUUCAACUCAAACGACCUACUCAAACAUUUCAUCCACAACAACUGGUUCCACUCAAGCGCCUACGACUCCUUCAGCAGCUUCAUGGCCUUCAAAUCAAGUUCUUAGAGAACAAAUUUCACAAGCAAUUUUGAAAUUUGGAGGAAAUCUAUCGGUUUCUGAAUAUCAAGGAUUAAUGGAUACAUCUCGAGAUUUGAAUACUUUCAUGCAAUAUUGGAACUCUACUCAAAUGUUAAUACUAACUCCAAUUAUUGGUCAAAUUAUAGUAUCUCAGGCUGCAAUUCACAACUCAUCAAGUCCUAUCGCAUCUAUAACAUACGAUGCAGACGCACAGCAAAAUAUUACUCUUGCAUUACAGGAAUAUGCACCAAAUAUGACUCCUGAUGACAUCCAAUUCGUGAUCACCACUUUACAAACAAUGAGUACAAUAGCUGUUAAUUCUUUGACUCUCGACGAACUGACACAAAUGGCUCAAGCUUGUGCAAAUGCAUUUAUAAAUAAUACACUGGUUAAUGGACCUAUAGAAACCACAACUGUUUCAUCCACAACAACUAGUUCCACUCAAGCGCCUACGACUCCUUCAGCAGCUUCAUGGCCUUCAAAUCAAGUUCUUAGAGAACAAAUUUCACAGGCAAUUUUGAAAUUUGGAGGAAAUCUAUCGGUUUCUGAAUAUCAAGGAUUAAUGGAUACAUCUCGAGAUUUGAAUAAUUUCAUGCAAUAUUGGAACUCUACUCAAAUGUUAAUACUAACUCCAAUUAUUGGUCAAAUUAUAGUAUCUCAAGCUGCAAUUCAUAACUCAUCAAGUCCUAUCACAUCUAUAACAUACGAUGCAGACGCACAGCAAAAUAUUACUCUUGCAUUACAGGAAUAUGCACCAAAUAUGACUCCUGAUGACAUCCAAUUCGUGAUCACCACUUUACAAACAAUGAGUACAAUAGCUGUUAAUUCUUUGACUCUCGACGAACUGACACAAAUGGCUCAAGCUUGUGCUAAUGCAUUUAUAAAUAAUACACUGGUUAAUGGACCUAUAGAGACCACAACUGUUUCAUCCACAACAACUAGUUCCACUCAAGCGCCUACCACUCCUUCAGCAGCUUCAUGGCCUUCAAAUCAAGUUCUUAGAGAACAAAUUUCACAGGCAAUUUUGAAAUUUGGAGGAAAUCUAUCGGUUUCUGAAUAUCAAGGAUUAAUGGAUACAUCUCGAGAUUUGAAUACUUUCAUGCAAUAUUGGAACUCUACUCAAAUGUUAAUACUAACUCCAAUUAUUGGUCAAAUUAUAGUAUCUCAAGCUGCAAUUCAUAACUCAUCAAGUCCUAUCACAUCUAUAACAUACGAUGCAGACGCACAGCAAAAUAUUACUCUUGCAUUACAGGAAUAUGCGCCAAAUAUGACUCCUGAUGACAUCCAAUUCGUGAUCACCACUUUACAAACAAUGAGUACAAUAGCUGUUAAUUCUUUGACUCUCGACGAACUGACACAAAUGGCUCAAGCUUGUGCUAAUGCAUUUAUAAAUAAUACACUGGUUAAUGGACCUAUAGAGACCACAAAUGUUUCAUCCACAACAACUAGUUCCACUCAAGCGCCUACGACUCCUUCAGCAGCUUCAUGGCCUUCAAAUCAAGUUCUUAGAGAACAAAUUUCACAAGCAAUUUUGAAAUUUGGAGGAAAUCUAUCGGUUUCUGAAUAUCAAGGAUUAAUGGAUACAUCUCGAGAUUUGAAUAAUUUCAUGCAAUAUUGGAACUCUACUCAAAUGUUAAUACUAACUCCAAUUAUUGGUCAAAUUAUAGUAUCUCAAGCUGAAAUUCAUAACUCAUCAAGUCCUAUCACAUCUAUAAAAUACGAUGCAGACGCACAGCAAAAUAUUACUCUUGCAUUACGGGAAUAUGCGCCAAAUAUGACUCCUGAUGACAUCCAAUUCGUGAUCACCACUUUACAAACAAUGAGUACAAUAGCUGUUAAUUCUUUGACUCUCGACGAACUGACACAAAUGGCUCAAGCUUGUGCUAAUGCAUUUAUAAAUAAUACACUGGUUAAUGGACCUAUAGAAACCACAACUGUUUCAUCCACAACAACUAGUUCCACUCAAGCGCCUACGACUCCUUCAGCAGCUUCAUGGCCUUCAAAUCAAGUUCUUAGAGAACAAAUUUCACAGGCAAUUUUGAAAUUUGGAGGAAAUCUAUCGGUUUCUGAAUAUCAAGGAUUAAUGGAUACAUCUCGAGAUUUGAAUACUUUCAUGCAAUAUUGGAACUCUACUCAAAUGUUAAUACUAACUCCAAUUAUUGGUCAAAUUAUAGUAUCUCAAGCUGCAAUUCACAACUCAUCAAGUCCUAUCACAUCUAUAACAUACGAUGCAGACGCACAGCAAAAUAUUACUCUUGCAUUACAGGAAUAUGCACCAAAUAUGACUCCUGAUGACAUCCAAUUCGUGAUCACCACUUUACAAACAAUGAGUACAAUAGCUGUUAAUUCUUUGACUCUCGACGAACUGACACAAAUGGCUCAAGCUUGUGCAAAUGCAUUUAUAAAUAAUACACUGGUUAAUGGACCUAUAGAAACCACAACUGUUUCAUCCACAACAACUAGUUCCACUCAAGCGCCUACGACUCCUUCAGCAGCUUCAUGGCCUUCAAAUCAAGUUCUUAGAGAACAAAUUUCACAGGCAAUUUUGAAAUUUGGAGGAAAUCUAUCGGUUUCUGAAUAUCAAGGAUUAAUGGAUACAUCUCGAGAUUUGAAUACUUUCAUGCAAUAUUGGAACUCUACUCAAAUGUUAAUACUAACUCCAAUUAUUGGUCAAAUUAUAGUAUCUCAAGCUGCAAUUCAUAACUCAUCAAGUCCUAUCACAUCUAUAACAUACGAUGCAGACGCACAGCAAAAUAUUACUCUUGCAUUACAGGAAUAUGCACCAAAUAUGACUCCUGAUGACAUCCAAUUCGUGAUCACCACUUUACAAACAAUGAGUACAAUAGCUGUUAAUUCUUUGACUCUCGACGAACUGACACAAAUGGCUCAAGCUUGUGCAAAUGCAUUUAUAAAUAAUACACUGGUUAAUGGACCUAUAGAGACCACAACUGUUUCAACAUCUUCUACUACAAGUACGACAGUUCCAAUUGUUACAACUUCAACACUAAGUCCAGCAAUAAAUCAGCAAUUAACAAAUUCUAUUAGUAGCUUGGCACCGGGUCUAAAUCAAACUCAAAUUCAGAACCUCUUACACGCUAUCCAAGUUCUGGCUAACACUUAUUACUUCACUCCUGCUCAAACAAUUGUAGUUGCACCAGGUCUAAGUUUAUUCUUUAUGUAUCACUCAGGAUCAUCAGUCGCAAUUAAUGGAACAACUGCUGUUUACACUGACGCUGACGUUUUAAGCAUUGUUACAUUUUUCAAUACUUGGGUGCCUGCAAUGACUAGUGAAGAAAUUCAAAAUUAUAUUACUAAUAUGAAACUUUUGAGUUAUUAUUCACAAGGUGUCACUCCUUUAGAAGCACUUAGCUUGGCACCAGCUCUUUCUCAAAUAUUCAUUAACCAGGCAUCAGCCCAAACUGCUGCUCCUUAAAAAAAAUGUCCAACAGAAAAUAUACAGAAUUAAUUUUUAUUUGUUUGAAGUAGAAUUUCAAUUUAAAAGUCGAUUUUUAAAGAUCAUAUUGCUAAAUUUUGAAAAAACAUUUUUUUGUUAAAUAUAUUUGC